AUGCGCCAGGGAGGAAACCCAGGAAGAAGCCAGGACAGGAACAGCGGCGGCAAGACGAUCAAGGAACGCCUCAGCAACAUCGCGACGGCCUUCCAGGCCGACCGCAAGCGAAGAAAACCGCCCCACACGGCGUCGCCUAUCAUCACGACGACUGCGGCUGCUGCUGCUGCUGCUGCUCCCGGUAAUGGCAGGGGAAGCAGCCACGACCGUAACCGCCGAGCCGCGCCGGCCCCGCUCAAGUCGCCCGCGCUCCAACACUUUGUGCCGACGCACACCCCCGACCGGCCCAGCCGGCCCGUGAGGGACGCGCCGUCCGAGGAGGAGUGCUAUGCGCUGUUUUCCGGGGGGAGGCGACAGCGCCAACAACAACAACAACAAAAACGAGAACAACAAUACCAACAACAUCAGGGAGCAGCGGCAGCAGCAGCAGCAGCAGCCACCCCGCCGUCGCUCUCGCUCCCGACAACGCGCCACGGCAGCUUCGCGAGCACCGGCGGCGGCGGUGGCGGCAGCGGCAGCUCGGGGCACGGCAGCGGCGUGCUGGUGGUGCACCUCGACAGCCCGCCGCCGCCGCUGUACGAGCAGCCGCGGCCGGCGCCGAUGCCGUGGCUGACGAGCUCGGGCGGCGGGCCGCCUGGGACCGAGGGUUGGCGGCAUAAUCAACAACAGCAGCAGCAGCAGCAGCAGUAUUACCGAUCAUCGCCGUCGCCGAUGCGGCAGCAGUCGGCCGCGAGCAGCAGGAGCGGGUCGACGACGACGACGACGCAUCGCCACCGCAACAAGGAGCUCCCGCCCCUGCGGACGGACGACAGCGCGACAGCGCACAUGUGGCGUGGCGAGGGGCGGCCGCGAGGGAUGCGGAGGGAGGACGACUGCGACCAUGGCAGCGACGCGGGCUACCACCAGCCCUCCCGGGGCGAGUUCUCGCCGUCGCUGUCGCCGUCGCGGCACGGGCGGCCCAGGAAGGCGGCGGCGGCGGCGGCCUGCCGGCUGUGCCGCCGUCGCGCCUGCGAGCUGUCGGUCGGCCAGCAGGACGCGACGCUCUGUCGGCACUGCGAGCUUGCGCCCAUGUCUGCCGCCAUGGCCAGAGCCAGGGGCGAGAGCGGGAGCGUCAGCAGCCUCAGCAGCGGCAGCCACUACGGAGACGACGAGAGCCCUGCCAGGCAGCGACGGCGGCGGGCGCAGGAGAGCGAACCCCUAGACGACGCCGCCGCCGCCUGCUCCGAAUACUCCAGCCGGGUCGGCAGCGUCAGCGGCGACAGCAGGGCCGGGUCGCCAUUCCCGCUCGGGGUCGCCCGCGGCGUCGCGUUGACGGCGACGCCGUGCUCGCCGCGCGAGGUCGACGUCGUCGGCAGCCCGGCAUCGGCGCGGUCCGACGCGGACCCGCGCCACCCGCACCACACGUUUGACUUUGGCUUCUCGACCGCCCACGCGGCAGAAGAAGAGCAGGACCGCGGUGGCGCGAGAGGAGACGCAGCAGUAGGGCCGGCGACGACGCCGCGGCGCCGGCUCGUGGUCGUGGAGCAGAGGCCCGUCAUCGUCGCCGACGACGGCGACGAGGCGCUCGACUGGGGCACGCAGUGGAGCCCGGCUUACUACUUCGGGGAGCCUGGCGCGGGCGAGGCCGGCGGUGGUUUGGGUAAGGCGGUGCGGCGGCAGCUCGAGGCCGACAACGAGCGAGCCAGUGGCGGCUCCCACGACAGCAUGAGCCCGGAGCCCACACCGACGUCGCCGAUCCUGAGUCGGCUGCCGAGCGAGGAUAGGAUAACAAGGGCGGGUGUGUUGUGUGUGCCGAAGCGCCGCGAGGAGCCAACCUUGUUCAUUUAG